GAUACUUGGGGGAUUACACGCCUGUUUCUUUUGAUAGUUGCUACCAGUGUUCUUAUGGACCUCGUACUCGGCCUGGCGUGGAUGACGACGUAUGGCAACAGCUUCGCAAGGGUUGAAAUCGUCCACGUCGGUGAUGCUCACAGUCGGUAUGACUACUUGGUGAAGUUGAGCUGCUUGGGCAAGAAGAAGAUCACUCAACCGAGGGCGAACGGAAACGCUGAGACAGGGAACACCGAUAAGGCUGCCGGUGAGUUUGAAGAUGCGGCGAUGAAUGAGGGGACGACCGAGGCGGUGAGUGGUCGUAUAUUCCUAGAUAUAAUGGUCAAUGAGUCUUAUUUGAGUUUGCGUAAGAAGAGCUUUUAUAUUUUCAGUAGAAGCCAUGACGCUUCCAAGAUUGCUGCUGAAGAGUAUGAUCGGAUAAACAAGACCUUGGGCCAUCCUUGGGGAGAUGGAAUGAGGGCAAGAUUCCUUCAGGUCGCUAGACGUCAAAACGUUACACCAAAAACUCUGUCUAAUACAAUACGCUUUGGACCUUUUGUCGAACCUGAAAUUCCGUACGACGCCACUUGUUACGAUGAUAUUAAAAUCGAACGAGAAGUACAAAUACAAGCCAAAUACCAUAUGAGUGAGUUAUUCCAAUGGUUUCAGAGCCUGAUAAUACAAGGCCAACUUCCGUCUUCAGUCCCAAUUCAUGAGGCUCGUCGAGCUUCCAACCGCAAGAUGGACAAGGAUGUGAGCGACAAGGAUGUGAGGGACAAGGAAGUGAGCGACAAGGAAAAUAAGGCGGGGGCGGAAGGCGUCAAGCUGUAUUGUGGAUUGAAGUAUGCUCGAGAGUUCUUGAACGUAGCAAGGAAAUCUAAGAAGACAGGUCUUAUUAUUAACUUUUGGAAUUUCUUGUUUCAGCUAACAUGCAAACUGCUGGAGACGGAAGUUAUUGAGGAUCAGUUGUCUUUGAAGCAUGGCUUCCCUGUGAUUAAGCUGAGGAAAUGCGACGUAUUGGUCGCCUUUAUCAAGUCUGGAAUAGAUCAGGAUUUCUACGUAAGCAAACGACGCUACUAUCGAUUCUUUGAAGAGCAUAUGCAGAAGCUAAGGCAUCUGGCUAACCAUCCCAAGAUCGUGUACCCCGAGGCGUCCUGCUCAGCUGAAAUUGCUCAACCCACAUCCACGCGAGUGUCGGAUAGUCUUAACGCAAACGAGCUUAACGCGGCGGGUGUUCAUCAACACGUGUGCGUAAAGGAUUGCUUGCAACAUCUGUUGGGAAAGCAGGUGGCUAAGGACGGAAUGAUGUCGGGCUUGGAUAUCGUCAACUUUACCUCGCUCGAGGGAGAGAAGCUGUAUAUGGCGUUCAUGAUUCGCAAUAUGAAGUGGGUCCCAGCCAAGGCUCUGUACGACCUUUUCACGAGAGGAGGCAAACUAGAAUUGACUCCGCCUCUAGCACGCCAUUUGACCCAAAUGGUGUAUGGUAAGACUCGUGACGACCUACGCGAGAUUAUAGAGUCUUUACCGCGGAAUCAUUGGCUAUAUGAAGGAGAGACCUGUGAGCUGGAGCCCUUCGUUACACCCCGUGCUAAAUUUACUAUGGCAAGGAUCAUGAUCGGCAUGUUCGACUUGAUCUCAAACCAAUCCAAACUUAUUGAAUCGUAUGCUUCAUUGCCAAUAGAGUGCCCACCGCAACGAGCUGCAGCCGUUCAAGAAAAAGGGGGAGAUGGUAAAGGGGGAGACGUUCUUAAGACAAGUAGUGGAAAGAUUGAGAUGUCGUGGGGUAGUGAAGGUGUGACAGCUGAGGAGAAACUUCGAGAGGCUUUGAAUUCUUCAAUAGAUGACGUCCGUCAAGCAGGCUACAGAGCGAUCAGGACGUUUUGCUUGAAGUGGUUGAAUAUCAAUCCGUCUCGAGUAGUGAAGUCAGUUUUGAAAGAAUUGUAUGAGAGAGCUCCACCUCCAAACUCGACGUUUGUGAAGGCUGCUGAGCGUCUUCGGGACUAUGGCAAGUAUGAUGAAUAUGGAGAUUGUCGAACGGAGGAAGUGAAGGGACUUUGGACAAGCUUGGCGGAGCACCCUCUGCAUCCUUGGGUUGUAUCGAGGUGCGCAAUGAUUAUUCGGUUUGCAACGCAGCAUGUACUGCACGACCAGGACCCUAUUCGGUGCACAUGGAUAGAGACAGUGUUGUCCUUACUAGAUAACGCGAGACCGGACUGUAUUAAGAGAUUGCUAGACGCAAUUCAGCACGAACUGGAGUUGUUGAUAUAUAAGUGUUCUCAGGCCAUAGAUAAUUCCGAGCAAACCAGUCAUGCGUGCUCUAGAUUAAUCCAGGAAAUUUGCCGGUAUAGGCCCACCGUUGUUGCCCAGUAUAAUCCCAGACUGUUGGAAGUGUUCCAGUUUUCUAUAAUUAAUGUCGAGGUAGAUCGCUCCUUCCUUUGGACGCAUCAAGAUCAUAAAGCAGUCAUCAACCAUUUUUAUUACGACUGGCAAGAGUGUAUCAGGGACGGCUGUCAAGACGCCGAAAUCGGGUACAAGCCUCAAGGUUUUGGGUCCAAGAAUAAGAAUAAGAAAAAUGAUAAGGAGGAUCAGGAGAAUAAAUUGGAGAUCAAUGAAAUUUCGGAUAAGGAGGAAGAGUUUGUUAUAUCGUCAGUAUUCACCUCCAUACAGGAGGUGGAGAAGUUCUUACUCCAUUAUAGCGACGAGAACCAAGCCAGACUUAGAAAGGAACAAGAAGAGAAGAGGGAACAGGAAAGACUUCGCAAAUUAGAAGGUAAAGGUGAUGAGAAGGUGGAGAAGGUGGAGGCUAAACUAACUCCCGAAGCGCAGGAAUGGGAGUACACACCGUUCUUCAGGACUACCGCAUGUACUCGAUUCCCUUAUCUGAAGAAAAAAUGCGCGCUCUCUAUUGUUGAGGAUUUCUUUUAUGACACUGAAAAGCUGGAAGCCCUCCGCCGUUGGGGUAAGGACACAAUGUUUAUAGAGGCGCUAAUGAAGCAUUACCGAGAGAGUGACUCAAAGAUCAGCAAGGAAGUGGAAGGAUUGUUUAAAGGAUACGUACGUUGUGGGCAUAAAAACAAAAGAGAUAUAAGAAGAUCAUUUGGUGAAAUGGAGAGAGAAUAUCUUAUUAAGUUCGACGUAGGAGUAGAGCUCCGUUUAAGAAUGACUAUGGGCACUAAUGUUCAUAAGUUAGUAGAUCGUAUCGUUCACCUUUACAAUUCAUCAGCGGUUGUCCAAAUGUGGUGUAUUAAAGAUCUGAUGAGAAGUAAUAUGAAUUAUUACCAGAAGUGUUACCUCUUCCAACAAGCAUAUGACAAUCGAGUGGAGUGCAUUAAAUUGAAGACUAAAAAGAUGGUGGGUAUGUUACAGUAUUUUGAAGAUAUGUUUUCCUUCAUGAUCGAUAGCUGGAAGUUACUAGCUUCGCCCACUCUUUUAGAACUGAGACGGUUGUCAGCCGGGCCAGAUAUACAUGGUGUGGAAGAUCAAAUAUAUACACGCCGUAGUGAAUUCUCUAGUGGCGGAGAAAAUGGCAUCGCUGUCUAUGAGUUGUCUCCGAAAAUUUGGUGUACACGAGCUAAAAUGAUAUUGGAUAUGGCACGACUACAAGCUAGUCCCGGGAUUAAUAAGAGGACAUGGUCCGAGUUCAGUUCUGAUUAUUUUGAUCUUUGUUAUAUGCCUUAUAUGGAUAGCUUCAUGAGAUCGUAUCCACCUAAUGUUUGCCAAAAGGCUUUGUUGAACCAGACGCAGCUGUUGAUCUAUAACUUGGGUUGUCACAAUAAACUGUGGAGACGGGCGCCAAUGCAUGUAAGAGAUCAAACAGCUAGGUACCAGGCUCUCCUGUACAGUAGGGUACUCAAAGGUGACGAUCUACCUUCGGGUAUGCAACUAACUGAUUCUUUGGAAUCAUCUUCUGGACACAUGGAAGCUAUGACCUGGAAAUGCGGGCAUCUAUUCCCAGAGCGGAUUUUGUGGAAACGCACUCCCUACCAUAGACACUGUCAGCAGCAUAAGUAUGCAGAACUAUCACAAAACAUGCUCUACCACAGGCAUCAUGUUAUUGACGGUCUUGAUGGAAACCGAUUUUGGAUACCUUCAGACCUCGAUAUUUGCCACAUGUUGCCAAAGAAUGCUUAUUCACCUGCGGAGCGAGACGACAUGCGCAAAAAAUUGAAGGAACUCAACAUACCAAACGUCCAAAACGGUCACAGCGUUAUCAAGUCGGAUACUGAAAGCAAUUCUUCAUGGAACCAAGAUACCACAGAUGGGAAUGCUGCAUCGAACGGUCCUUCGAACAGCAAGGAAGUGAGUAUGGAUGUGAACGAGUCACCGAAGUGCCAGGAAACAGAGGAAAGGACGAAGGUGCAUAUACCUCGAUGUGUUCGACGAGACUUGACCCGUUACAUUGCUUUUGUCCUACGAAAUGAUGAACUCAAAAUACAACAGGAUCGUUUAGGCUUGGCUGCGUGGUUUGUCCCAGUGUCCGCCUUCAAUAACGAAUCUAAUGGCGUUGCUCUCAUUUCACGGGCCGAGAUCCAGGAGGUUAAUCUUAGCUUCGCAGACUGGGAUGAGACGAAGAUCGUUUCGGAGAUCAGCAAACUAGUAGACGAAUGUUUAUCGCAGAGUCAGGUACACAGGUUUAAUUUGUCCUACUACAUGCCGUCGGAUCGCUGCGCUAUAAUGCCGCUGUUGUCAAAACGCACCAGAGAAGAAGUGCGUAAAAGUGUGUGCGAUCGGAUCGCGAAGCAAUGCAUAAGACUAACUAGUAGCCCAGUGGAUGUCCGCAUUAUGACGAUGGACUCACCGUCGUAUAAAUCGUCCAUGCUGCUGUCCUACGAUGAGCCGGUGUUACACUUCUUGGGCAGAGAGCCUUGCAGAAAUCCUUUCAGGUUCUGGGAUCGCGCCCGACAGUUAGCGCUGAAGAGCCGAAAUACACAAUUGUAUGCCGAAGCGAUGUACCUUGCAUUGCCCAGAAGGGACGCUCAUCAUUCGAAAAAUCUGUGUCCGAGAGCUGAUUUCCACAAAAUACUGAAAACUCUCGAUCAACUUGUCCACAACAGCAGCUUGACUGCUUUUGACGACCAAAAACAACAACCGUUGCCAGGCCCACAGCAUACCAAAACGGAGCAUACAAAUACGGAGAAGGCAGAGGGUUCGGAAGAGGAGAUGGGUUCGGAAGAGGAGAUGGGUUCGGAGGAAGAGUUGAGUGGAUGUAGUUUGAGAGAGUAUGUGAACAAUGCGAGACAGCAUCCUACUACGGACUUUAGCGUUUCCAGCCGACGCAAGUUAGCGAGAAGAGUGUGGUUGUUGAACCACACACCAUUUAGGAACUACGGUGUGGUUCCUAUCGCACCGAUAGCGGAUGAGUGCGAGGAGUUUUACUCCCGUAAUAAUUGCAAACACAUUUUGGAUGAGCACAUACGAACUUUCGAUAACCGUGAUAUGAAGCGUGCGUGUCACUACAGACAUGCGUACAAGACGAUGCAUGAGAUCUUGAACGCCGGUGUCGAAGCAGAGCUGCGCAGCCUGGAAAUAAAUCCCAGCGAGAAACUGCCUUGGCUGCAACUUCAACACGCCCCGCUCCCUGAAGGGGAAGCACCGCCAAAGCCAGAAGGAGAUUGGCUGGCCGGUUAUAGCAAGUACGAGUACAAGGUCAAGGUUGAAAAGGCUACAAAAGACGCGCCUUCGCGCAUUCGAGUGGAGUGCGCGACGAACGAGUCUGCGACGGACGGCAUCAGCGGUGUUGCUGAAGAAUCGGGCUGCUGCACGGCAUGCGGCUACACGGCCUACGACGAGGCGUUGGUGGAGCGUAUAACUCUCUCGUUGCUCAGCCAAUUCCGACAGUGGUAUGCCGCCGAACAAUCGCCUAUGUUCGAACAUUACCGAGUCAUGGCACUUAACUACGUCCGCCAGUGGCCCCUUAUCACCACCAACUCGCCCAAAAGCAUCCCCAAUGUCCCCGGCUUAAUGGAACGCAUCUGUAACCUAAUUCCCGACGACGAAUUCCUACUCACCAAACGCAGCCACAUUCUAGACCGCAAGAUUCUUACUACACUCACCCACUCUUCUAAACGAGCCAACACAGACCCGGACUCGUACUUCCAGUAUCUCUACGCUCUCAUGCAUCAACAUAAAUCCAUUGGUUGGGAAUCAUACGUGGCCAACUACCAAGAUGUCAGCGGGAUGUAA